AUGACGAGCAAGGAUAUUGGUUGGGAACAUGGUAAACCUGUGGGUGGAAAUAGAAAAAUUGUGAGAUGCAAUUAUUGUGGAAAAGUAAUGUAUGGUGGCAUUACAAAGUUGAAAGCACAUGUCGGUCAUGUCACGGGACAAGUUGAACCAUGUCCAAGGGCCUCAAGAGAAGUUACAGAUGUAAUGAAAAUGCAUCUAAAGACUGCUGACAAUCCUUAUUAUCAAUCGAUGAUUGAUGAAAUUGCCAAAGCUGGUUCUGGUAUUAAAGGCUCUUCAGCUUAUCAAAUUGGAAAUGAAUAUUUAGACGAAGAAUUUGAAGAGCUUGAGAAAUAUCUUGGAGAUAUUUAUGAUAAAUUUUCAACUUUUGGUUGUACACUUAUGUGUGAUGGGUGGAGCACCCGUACAAAACAUCCAAUAAUAAAUUUUAUGGUAUACUGUGAUAGGCACAUGAUAUACCAUAGUUCAGUUGAUUGUACCAAUGUCAAGAAAAUUGCUCAAUAUAUUUUCAAGUUAAUGGAUGAGGUAGUAGAGGCUGUGGGAGAAAAAAAUGUUGUGCAAGUUGUGACAGAUAGUGAACUUAGUAUGAAAGCAGCUGGACAACUGUUGAUGAAAAAAAGAAAAAAUCUAUUCUGGUCACCUUGCACUGCUCAUUGUAUAGAUUUGAUGUUGAAGGAUAUUGGCAAAAUAGAUAAUGUAAAAGAAACUAUUGCUCAGGGGAAGAAGAUAACAAGUUUCAUAUAUAACAGCGACAAAGUAAUGAAUCUGAUGAAGACAUAUACAAGAAAAAGGGAACUGCUACGUCCAGGUAUCACUAGAUUUGCAACUGAAUUCAUUUCUAUGGAAAGUCUUCUUCGGCAUUCUACAGAACUGAAAAAAAUGUGCACCUCAGAUGAAUGA